GUUAAACACUACCUCGGGGAACAAAACUGAGAAGGCUAAUUAGGACAGGUCACCACAGGGAACCGGGACGCGGGGAGGGGAGGCCGCGACGUAAGAAACUCGGGCGUGGGGUAGUCAGGCCGACAAAGACGCUGGCCAACAGUCCGCAGGGUUUCUGGACUCAGUCCACAGAGUUAGUGGCGUGCGCUGUGGCAUUCCCUCGUGAUCUUGGAGACUGGGCUCUUCAGGAAGGGUCACGCACGAAGGAGACGGAUACUCCGUGUGUGCUGUGUCCACGUGUGCAAGCUUGCGAGGGGAGCCGUGACAAAGACGGACUUUGUGUCUUAGUGUGUUCCCAGCUCCAACCGGGAGCAGCGAACUGUGCCAGGCAUGUGUCUCAUGGGAAAGCCAGGACGAAAGUGACAAAGGUUGGGUGUCUGUCACGGGGAGACACGCCAAGGUGGCCACCGUGCGUCUGUGGGUUCGUGCGAUCGCUGGGAGAUGCAGCCCAGGGGUGUACUGGACUGCAUCCUGAACAGCUUUCCGGAGAGAAAGGCGAGCUCAGAAAGUGAGUACGCGCAAGUGCGCGCGCGCCCGCGUGCGGGGGCGUGGCAGUAAACAGCAACAACCCACUCGUCAGUUUGGCCACAAACUCGAAUCGCCCUUCCCAACCCGAAAGUGCGCAGUGGCCGAGCCUGGAGGGACCCAGCUGAAGCCGGGCCUGGGAGCCAGGAUGGCCACCCGCAAAGCCUUGCUGAUGUGCCUAGGUCUGCCUCUCUUCUUCCCAGGAGCCUUGGCCCAGAAUCAUGCCCCACCUGGCUGCAGCCCAGACCUGGAUCCUCUCUAUUACAACCUCUGUGACCGCUCGGGGGCCUGGGGCAUUGUCUUGGAGGCGGUGGCCGGAGCGGGCAUCAUCACGACGUUUGUGCUAACCAUCAUCCUUGUGGCCAGUCUGCCAUUUGUGCAGGACACUAAGAAGCGGAGCCUCCUGGGGACCCAGGUGUUCUUCCUGCUGGGCACCCUGGGCCUCUUCUGCCUGGUGUUCGCCUGUGUGGUGAAGCCGGACUUCUCUACCUGUGCCUCUCGCCGCUUCCUCUUCGGGGUCCUGUUUGCCAUCUGCUUCUCCUGCCUGGUAGCCCACAUCCUUUCCCUCAACUUCCUAUCCCGGAAGAACCAUGGGCCCCGAGGCUGGGUGAUCUUCACCGUGGCUCUGCUGCUCACCCUCGUGGAGGUCAUCAUUAACACCGAGUGGCUGAUCAUCACCCUGGUACGCGGAGGGGGCCAGGUUAGCGUCCUGGGCAACGGCAGUGCCGAGUGGACCGUGACCUCUCCGUGUGCCAUCGCCAACAUGGACUUCGUCAUGGCCCUCAUCUACGUGAUGCUGCUGCUGCUGGGGGCCUUCCUGGGAGCCUGGCCCACCCUGUGUGGCCGCUUCAAGCGCUGGCGGAAGCACGGCGUCUUUGUGCUGCUCACCACAAUCCUCUCCAUCGUCAUCUGGGUUGUAUGGAUUGUCAUGUACACCUACGGCAACGCGCAGCACCAGAGCCCCACCUGGGAUGACCCCACGCUGGCCAUUGCCCUUGCUGCCAAUGCCUGGACCUUUGUCCUCUUCUAUGUCAUCCCUGAGGUCUCCCAGGUGACCAAACCCAGCCCAGAACAGAGCUACCAGGGGGACAUGUACCCGACCCGAGGGGUAGGCUACGAGACCAUCCUGAAGGAGCAGACGGGCCAGAGCAUGUUUGUGGAGAACAAGGCGUUUUCUAUGGAUGAGCCAGCCUCAGGGAAGAGACCGGUGUCACCUUACAGUGGCUACAAUGGACAGCUGCUGACCAGCGUGUACCAGCCCACGGAGAUGGCCCUGAUGCACAAAGGCCCGUCCGAAGGUGCAUACGACGUCAUCCUCCCACGGGCCACCGCCAACAGCCAGGUUAUGGGCAGUGCCAACUCAACCCUGCGAGCCGAAGACAUGUACAUGAUCCAGAGCCACCAGGUGGCCACACCACUGAAAGACGGCAAGAUCUCUCAGGAUCAGUCCCCGAAAAAUAAAACAAGAUGGUAGCUGCCCUCUUCCCUGGACCACACCUCAUCCGGAUCCCUCAUUGCUCUGCCUCCCGCUGAGCAGGGCCCAGCUGCUUUCCCAUCUUUGUCCUUGGAGCUGGGAGGGACCAGAGGCCACCAAUUUGAAGCAGUGGACUGAGUGGGGACCUUGGGAUAGGCCUGAAGCUUAUGACUGGUGCUCAUAGGGCCACUGUCCCUUGCCCAUCCCAGCCUCCUGGUACCCAAGAAACUGCAGCUACAGGGAGUUCACUGUUGACUCCCAUUUCCUGCCUUAACACAUCCCUCAGGUCACAGAGACUGUGUCCCCACGUGGUUCUCCAGGUUAGUGUCCCGCUGUGAGCAUCAGGUGUGUGACAGACCUCCUUGGCCAUGUUGGUCACAUGUCAGUGUGUCUCACAAGGCUCGCCAGGUGAAUCUUUGUGAGUCUCUGGAGACAAGCCACAACAACAGAAGUUGUCUCUUGCCCUACUUAGGGCCUGCUGCACUUUCUAGACUGGAAGGUCACCGACUAGGUUUGGCAGGCUGUUUCUCAUGACCUGAGGGUCCCAGGUCCCAGCACCUUUGAACCUGGACUGAGCCUGCUAUACCUUCAGUGGGUUGUGUACCCUCACCAGGGCAGGGCCAGUCUGCCUGUUCUGUCCUCCCCACUGCCCAUCACCAUUGGAGAUGGCAGUUACACUCAUUCCCACCUGGGGGAGCUUUUGUUGUCCAGCCCUGCCACACAGAAAGCCCACAUCGGAGUUGAAGAGCCAGUGGGCCCCAGUGGUGCUAGGGCUUUGCACCAUUUCUGUCUCAGUUAAUCCCCUGGCUGAAUCUCCCCCGUCUUUUUGGCUUCUGUGCCAGCUCCCGGCAUAGCUCCAGGGACAGGUACAGAUGUGGAUGUUGCUGAAUUAACCUGGAUCUCACAGGUUCUGAAGGUACCUGCUUGGGCUACCUGGACAUAUGUGGUUGGGGUCUGGGAGUACCCUUAGGAGACGGUGGGUGGGAGUCAGGGCUGCAUUCUCAGGGUGAGUUGAACCUUGCCUGUGUCUGACUGGUGGGCUGUGGGGUCCAGGACUGCAGAUCGCUUAUGGGAAGAUGUCUUAAGUUUCUACCUCAGCUUGGGCAGCAGAUAUCCUUGGGACACCUGGACAUGCUCUGCCGCUCUCAUCAUUAAAGGAGUGUCCUUGGCCUUUGGACAUGCACCCGAGGGACCUGAUGGCCACCCAGGUCAGAGAGGACCAUUUUCAGUCCUGCAAGCUGCUGGCACCAAUGGCUGAGAUGGUGCCAUGGUACUAGACCCUGGAAUUGAGAUCUUCAGAGCAUCGUCCUUCAUUUUACUCUUGGGUAGCAGACAGAGCCUCUUCUGCUGUGCGCCACCCCCCCCCCCCAAUGUGUUCUGGGACCUGGCCCUUAGCUCUGCUUAGUGCCAAGGUAGGGGUAAAGAUGAGUGGAUUCCCCGGAAGGCACCCCAUGCCUAGUGCUCAUGCUGUCCCCAAAGCCCUGUGCCUUUUAUCAUUGGGUGAAAGGUUCCCACAGCGUAGGACUAUACCUCCGAAUGUGACUCCUCCUGCCUUGAGCUCUGAGGAAUGAGGAUGCUCAAUCCUUCCACAAAGGAACGGGGGUCUCCAUGUACCUCACGCUGUUCUUGAUCUAAGAUCUGCUGCAGUAUGCAAGGGACUAGUUUGCUGUCUUAAGUGAGUCCUUUAGGACUCUGAAAGCUCCAGAUCCCUAGGUGGGUAGCCCGUGGUGGGUGUGGCUGUGUUUAUAGCCCAAGUCCUGCCUGCAGCUGAAGCUGAGGAGGGAUGGGCUCAGGUUACCCUGUGUGGUAACCCUUCUGUCUUUUAGUUGCGGUUCCAGUGGAGAAGUACUUUUUUUGUUUUAGGAGGGGUGGGGGCCUCCCAAUGAACAGCUCUGUAUCAUACACAAGCCUUUAAUGGGAGAGAGACAUCAAGUAGGUCCAGACUUGACCCAAGCUCAUCAUCUGCAGGCCGCUAUUCCUUGAUAGAUGUCACACCGACACUGUUAAAUCCUGUAGUGGGUGUAAAGGGAGGGUCAACCUUGUAACUACUCAGAAUUAAAUGACUGCCCUUUCUUUGGGAGGGGUUACUGCCUCUG